AUGAGUUUGCAUGGGCUCGGUGUAAUUGGGGCCCAGGUGGCCGCAUCCAUCAAGAGCAACGACGAGAAACAUCCUUCUACCCCUCGAUGUCCAUCGCCCGUGCGCUCCACUCAUUCAAGUCCCUGUCUCAACGAUGCCCACCCACAAGACUUUGACCCGCACGUCGGCGCCAAACCUUCCUCUCCCUUCUAUCGCCAUGGUUCCCCGACCAUCUCCUUCGAGCAACUGGCUUUCUCAACAAAGAUGUCGAGCCGCAACCACAGUCAACUGCGAGACCUCGAGAACGCGGGCCCGUACUCGGCACUGCAAACCGACAGCCCUCGACGAUCGAAGCUGUGGGAGGAAGAGAACCAGCCGCGGACAUGGUUGCAGUCAUUGAGCACCCGUCAAAAGAUGGGACUGAAAGUGAUCGUGGCCGUGGUGACGGUAGGAACCAUGAUUGCCAUCGCAUUGGGGAUUACUGCAGCGGUGGGAGGUGCAGCCUGGAGAUCCGACUCCCAGCACACGGCUGUCGGAGGGUGA